AUAUAAGGAACAAAUUCAACACUGGUUGAGCACUUGGAGGCCAUCUCCCUUGGAACCAGGCUCUCUCGACUCACUGGAAUGUGUGGCGGUUUGUUGUUUUGUUUGGGGUCACAUGGAUUGAGCGAUGUUGAAAAGAUAGCUGAUUUUUCUACGUUUUUCAAGCAAGUUAAUUGCUCCAAUUCAACGAUGGCUCCAAAGAAUAGGUUURUAAGUGAAUAUAAAGCAAAUUUCAAGCAACACAAGGUCCAUCAGGAGUUACAGAGACAACAAAAAAUUCAGCAACAUGAUAGAGUUUUUACUAGCCCCACAUCUGAACAGGAAAAUCCAGACAUCAAAGCCAAGGCAAAAAUAGCAGAUGGUUUGAAGAGAUCUGAAAAAUCAGUGCAAAAGGAAAACCUUGCUCUKAGAUACAAAGCAGGAUUGGCUCCAUCAAUGUCCAUGCAGAAUAAGAUAAGAUAUCUUUCAGAAUAUCAAAAACAGUUUGAAUGGAAAAGACCAGUGGACAGAGAAGCACCAAUYCUUUCAGCAGAGAAAAUGAUAUAUGGUGGUCAGGAUGGGAAUCCAAGUAGAGCAACAAAAAUCAACCUUCCCAAGAAAACAGAAUACCAGUUGCAGUUUGURAAGCAUCCUUUGAUCAAGUCCCCUGAAAUUAAGUCAAAAGAACUGGAUUAUGAUAAAGUCCUGUAUAGUCCAGUUGGAUAUCAGGAUGAGCAAGCUGCUGCUGGAAAACCAUCCAAAAAAUCCCCUCCACCAAUCAUUCAAAGAAAGUCAAUGGUGUUUCAAAGUGAAUACCAUGCUAACUUCAAGUCACCUUCAAAAUAUGAUUAUGUCAAAGGCUCAUGGGUAGGAGCAGACCCUCCUCAGUUUCAUCCGCCUGAUGAGCAAUCAGACAGUGGAAAUCAAACAUCAAGUAGUUCUUGGUAUCAGCAGGUCCUUGARCUCCGCGAGAAAGUCUAUAGCUACAGAUCUCGAGCGAGAGAAGGUUCUCACUUCCUCACYUUACUCAAAGAUCUUCAAAAAUUGGAAAAGGAAACUAGAAAUGAAAGUAAACWAGUAGACGCUGAAGAUUYCGCCAACCCACCAGUACRGGCAAAAUCACCGCCCUCAGAACCGUCAAGAAAGUCAACACCAGUAAACAYAAAUCAGKCMGAACARCAAGAAAAACUGCUAAAAACUACUGAAAACCGUAUGAGUCAGAGRGAAAAUAAAGAAUMCGAUCCUCUCACCACUCAAGUUCCAACCAAUCACGAGGCUCCUGCAGAAGACAAAUUAUUCUGGGACAAAAAACACACAUUACCCGGACCGUCGCUGAAUAAGACUCAUUCUCUUGAUAACAUUUCGAAUGAGAGUACAAUGACGAAUGAUAGCAAAAGAAGCAGCGCAGACGAACUUCCACCUCCUGACAGAAAACGRCAGGCGUGGCCCGAGUAUAAACCAGUCAACCACCAACAAGUCAUUCCACCGUAUUAUACCUCAGGYUCUUCAAAUGGCGACCAAGACGAWUCGCGCUCUGAUGUUACAAUAUCAGAGAUGGAGAACACUAGUGACGAWAACCAAGAACCGACUCACAACGAAAAACGUGUWCAUGCAACGCGKAAGUUAUUUUCUGGAAGGCGUGAAAACUUCGGGCAUGAUCGUAAAGACGUCGGCWAUGAUCGURAAGGUAACGGUGAUGAUAGCGAGGUYGUCGGUGAUGAUCGAAAACUCACUAGCGAAAUUCCAUCCAAAGAAAAACCAACAAAAGGAACGCGAAAAUUAUUUACAGGAAAGCGCCAAGACCUCAGCGAAGAGMGCAAAGACAUCCCCUAUAAUCGUGGAAACUUCGGUGWAGAUCGCCAACUCAUCGUAGAGAAUCGUGAUUACAGUGGUAAUGAUUGUAUAACUUCAUCUUUUACGUCGGACGACGAGGGGUCUUGUCAUAGCCAUGCGAGCAGUGUAUUGUCUGUUGAAGCCAUGAACAAACGACGAGCUUUAGCUUCAGAAACUUUACAGCGAGCAAAGAGACGGCAAGCUCAGUUGUAACCAUAUCUAUGCUAUCUUUGCAUCACUAGGUAUAUUAGCUGAAGGAGGCCAUCGCAAUCCAGGAAUCGUCAGUCACGUGUCAGGACAACGAGCGAGAUGUUCGUUUUAAAAUAUAUAUCUAAAAUUUUUAAUUGGUCUUUUUUUAUGUAAGGAUUUUUUUUUAAAUGUCGAUAAUCAUCUUCCUUAUCUUGUCGAGCGGGAGUUACAGAUAGACCUACAGUGGCGUGAUGGACAGCCUACCAAGUAUCCUAUAAUACAACGGUUUACUUUAUUUUUAUUUUUUAUAAAUUUUAUAGUAAAUAUCUUUUGAAGAUCAUAACAGCUUGUGCUAACAAUCUAAAAUAAUAAAAACUAUUAAUUAA